UCCGGUAUGAUGGCGACUUUGCUUUGUCUCCAGUGAACAGGGUUGCAUCAAAUAGUCGAUAUAUAUUUUUCUUCUCUCUAAAAUUAACAGUGUUUUUAUCUCCGGGACGACGUGCCAAGAACUACACGUGUCUCAGUCGUUCAAGAAAUGACUACAGAGUACAGAAGGUAAAAUGAGUAAGGCCUCAGCUGAAUCUACAGACCAAGUGAUGGAGGAGGAAGUAGGUCAGUUUCCGAUUACAGACCAGGAGGAGGAGGAGGAGGAGGAGGUAGGUCAGCUUCCGAUUACAGACCAGAUGGAGGAGGAGGACGAGGAGGCUGGGAGCUCAACAGAGACUGAGAGACCCUCCUCUUCUCACACCAAGAGGAAGCCUUCUGUUGCAGCCAAGCAAGUUGGAGGGAAUGAGUCAGACACCUCGGACGAGAGUGGACAGGACGAUGGCGCCUCAGAUGGGACGUUGGUUGUGCGGCCUCCUGCUGGGACUGACAACAAGGAGGACAAGAGCAGAGGAGCCAUGAAGCUCCGAGUGGACCUCUCACGGAGAAAGACAGGUAAAAUGAGUAAGGCCUCAGCUGAAUCUACAGACCAAGUGAUGGAGGAGGAAUUAGGUCAGCUUCCGAUUACAGACCAGGAGGAGGAGGAGGAGGAGGAGGCUGGGAGCUCAACAGAGACUGAGAGACCCUCCUCUUCUCACACCAAGAGGAAGCCUUCUGUUGCAGCCAAGCAAGUUGGAGGGAAUGAGUCAGACACCUCGGACGAGAGUGGACAGGAUGAUGGCGCCUCAGAUGGGACGUUGGUUGUGCGGCCUCCUGCUGAGACUGACAACAAGGAGGACAAGAGCAGAGGAGCCAUGAAGCUCCGAGUGGACCUCUCACGGAGAAAGACAGGUAAAAUGAGUAAGGCCUCAGCUGAAUCUACAGACCAAGUGAUGGAGGAGGAAGUAGGUCAGCUUCCGAUUACAGACCAGAUGGAGGAGGAGGAGGAGGCUGGGAGCUCAACAGAGACUGAGAGACCCUCCUCUUCUCACACCAAGAGGAAGCCUUCUGUUGCAGCCAAGCAAGUUGGAGGGAAUGAGUCAGACACCUCGGACGAGAGUGGACAGGACGAUGGCGCCUCAGAUGGGACGUUGGUUGUGCGGCCUCCUGCUGAGACUGACAACAAGGAGGACAAGAGCAGAGGAGCCAUGAAGCUCCGAGUGGACCUCUCACGGAGAAAGACAGAUACCACUUUGGAGGAGAGGAUAGACUGCACCGCCUGUGGACAGCAGGUCAACCACUUCCAGCGCCACUCAGUGUUUGAGCACCCGAUGCUCCAUGUGCUCCUCUGCAAGUCGUGUUAUAAGUAUUACACCAGCGAUGACAUCAAUAAAGAUGAGGACGGCAUGGACGAACAGUGCAGGUGGUGUGCUGAAGGUGGCAACCUGAUCUGCUGUGACUACUGCCACAACGCCUUCUGUAAGAAGUGCAUCCUGCGUAACCUGGGGCGCAAGGAGCUGUCCAUGAUCACCGACGAGGACAGUAAAUGGUCCUGCUAUAUCUGCAGCCCUCAGCCUCUCUCAGACAUCGCCUCCAACUGCUCCAACAUCUUGACCAAGCUGGAGAGCUUCUGGCGCACGGGACGCAAGAAAGAGAGGGAGGAGAAAGAGAGGAAGGAGGUGAAAGGGCACAGUAAGGGUAAAGGUCACCACCACCAUGGUAAAGCUGUGGUGAACGGUAAGGAACAUUCAGAUGGGUCAGGGACCCUCACCUUCUCCUAUAAGACCCUGAAGGUCCCCAAGGAGCUGGUGAAGAGGACCAAGAAGCUGAUUGAGACGACCACAGGGCUCAACAACACCUUCAUCCAUUUCAUCCAGCAGGCUGAGGAGGAGCAGGGAGCAGGAGGAGGUGGCAGCGGGACCAGACACAGACACCUCAAGGCCUUCAGGUCUGUUCUGGCUGAUCUGAAGAAGGCCCAUGCUGCUCUAGAGAAAGACUUGGAGUCACAGUUCACUUCCCAGGACCAGGGGAUGCAGAAUGGGGAUGCUGUUUCCAACACCGAUGGCCAUGACGGCCACGAUCAGAUAGACAAUGGGCAAGAGGCAGAAGAGGACAAAAUGGCCGACACUGAGGAUGGGGAGGAGGAUGGGGGUGUGUCAGAGGACACAGAGAUGGAGGGGAGCCCCGCCCCCACGUCUCAGGACCACUCAGAGACAGGCAGCCAGGCUAAAGACCAGACAGUGGUGAAAAUGGAGGAGGAGGAGGAUGGAACAGAGGAGGAAGCUGACCGGGAUAAAGACAUCGUGUCCGUCGGGCCGUCCGUCCCUGACGAGCUCUUCCAGAUGGUCAAGAGUUUAGCGGACUCCACCGGGUUAACGCCCGGUAACGACGCCACGGAACUCACAGCGGCUAGCCAAUCGGAGAACCCUGCUGCUGGUUCAACCAGGAAGUCACAUGACACCCAGAAGGAGAAGGCCAUGCCCAAGGUUAAGAACCUCAUCUUGAAGCUGACGCCUGUUCCUGUGGUUACCACACGCGCCUCCAGGUCUAAGAGUAAGGAUGGAGGGAAGGAGAAGAGUAAGGAUGGAGGGAAGGAGAGGAGUAAGGAUGGAGGGAAGGAGAGGAGUAAGGAUGGAGGGAAGGAGAGGAGUAAGGAUGGAGAGCGGGAGAGGAGUAAGGAUGGAGGGAAGGAGCGGGAGAGGAGUAAGGAUGGAGGGAAGAAGCGGGAGAGGAGUAAGGAUGGAGGGAAGGAGGUGGAGGGAGAUGGGGCCUCCGAGGAGGACAGCCGAUGCUCCAGUCGCACAAAGACCACACCCCUCAGGAAGUCACCGGAGGGGAAAAACAAGAUGUCCGUCUCUCAGGAGAACAUAGACUCAGAAGGCGAGCAGAAGAGCCCCAGCAAGCUGAAGAAGAGAACCAAAGGCAGCUCCGAGAAAGAACGGGGGAACGCGGAGGAGAAGGAGCGGAAAGAGAGCAAGGCCUCCAUGGUAACCUCUGACCCUUCUAAACAAGACGUGGACUCAGAUUCUGAUGAGGUUCCAGACAUCCUGGUUCAGACUGCAGCGGCGGAACACAGCUCGGACGAGGAUGUGCAGCAGGACGCCGACAGUAACCAGGGCAACAAGCGUGUCAAGAAGUGCCUGUUCAAAGUGAGCAAGAAAGAGGAGGAGGAGGAGGAGCAGGUGGGAGAGGAGGAGGAGCAGGUGGGAGAGGAGGAGGAGGAGGAGCAGGUGGGAGAGGAGGAGGAGCAGGUGGGAGAGGAGGAGGAGGAGGAGGAGCAGGUGGGAGAGGAGGAGGGAGAGAGUGACAAGGAGAAGACGGACAAGAAGCCGGCGGCCAAACGCAAACUGAAAGCCGACGACUCCGACAACUCAGAGUCUGACUCCGAUGAAGACUCAAAGAAGAAAAAGAAGUCCUCCACGGCUUCUGACAAGAAGACAUCCAAGAAGAAGCAGAAGGUCUCGGACGGCUCCUCCAACUCUGACCUGGAGAAGGAGAUGAAGGGACUCCGCAAACUGGCGACGGGGAAACGGAGGAGCAGCCGUGUGAAGAAGGAAAGAGAGGAAAAGGAGAACAAGGGCGGAGAUCGGAGGCGGUCGUACGAACUGAAACGCAAAGCCAGAAGUAGAGGAGCCAAGCAGGAAGAUUCAUCGUCUGAUGACGAGGAGGAGGAGGAGGAGGGAGGAGGGUCUGGAGAGGAGAGUGGAGACCAGCAGAAGAUUAAACCCAUUGUGGAUGAGACGGUGCUAGCAGGGAGGGAAACCUUCCACCAGUCCUCAGGAGAAGAAGGUAACCAUGACGCUUCUCAAAUGGCUGUUGAUGAUGACGAUGAUGAUCCAGAAAACAGGAUUGCCAAGAAAAUGCUGCUGGCCCAGAUCAAGGCCAACUACUCUUCAGGAGCAGAGGAGAGCUCCGACGAGGACGGAGAAGAGAAGGAACAGAGGAAGGGAGGAGAAGAGGAGGAGGAGGAAGAGGAGGAUGAUGAAGAGGAGGAGGAGGAGGAAGGGGACUCUGGCUCUGACAUGGAUGUGAAGAAGAGUGGGGGGCGUCGCCACCGGCUGCUCCGCCACAAACUGACGCUGAGCGAGGGAGAGUCAGGAGAGGAGAAAGAGAAACCAGCCAGCAAGGGGAAGAAGGAGACCAAGAGGACCAGGCGGAAAGACUUAGACUCUGAGGAAUCGGCUAGCAGCAGUGAGUCAGGAGUUAGUGAGGAGAUCAGUGAGGAGGAGGAGGAGUCAGAGGAGGAGUCAGAGGAGGGCAGCAGUCUCUCUCGGACCACGCGCUCCUCUUCCAAGAAGAAGAAGAAGAAGAAGGAGGAGAGGAGCUACGCCCAGAAGAAGAAACGCCGUCGCAUUAAGGUUCAGGACUCUUCAUCUGACGAGAAGGGGGGGGGGGGGGGCGGGUCAGGAGAGGACGGCUCGGGGAAGGAGGAUGGAGACACUCCUAAAGGACAGAGGAAGAAGAUCAGAAAAAUCCUCAAGGACGACAAGCUGAGGACGGAGACGAGGGAUGCCCUGAAGGAGGAGGAGGAGAGGAGGAGACGCAUCGCUGAGAGGGAGCAGCUCAGGGAGAAACUCAGAGAGGUACUCGUGGUGGAGGAGGCGUCCGCCGUUGCUUGUCCAAUCACAACCAAGCUGGUGCUGGAUGAAGACGAGGAGACCAAGGAGCCCAUGGUGCAGGUUCACCGCAAUCUGGUCACGAAGCUCAAACCACACCAGGUCGACGGGGUCCAGUUCAUGUGGGACUGCUGUUGUGAGUCGGUGAAGAAAACCAACAAGAACUCUGGUUCUGGAUGUAUCCUGGCUCACUGUAUGGGCCUGGGAAAAACACUGCAGGUGGUAACCCUCCUCCACACACUACUGCUGUGUGAAAAGUUAGACUUCUCCACGGCUCUGAUCGUCUGUCCUCUCAACACCGUUCUCAACUGGCUCAACGAGUUUGAGAAGUGGCAGUAUGGCUUCAAGGACGAGGAGAGUUUAGAGGUGACGGAGCUGGCCACGGUGAAGCGUCCUCAGGAGAGAGCGUCUGCUCUGCAGCAGUGGCAGGAGGAUGGAGGAAUCAUGAUCAUUGGCUAUGAGAUGUACCGUAACCUCACUCAGGGUAGAAACAUCAAGAGCAAGAAACUCAAAGAGACCUUCCAGAAGACCCUGGUUGACCCAGGCCCAGACUUUGUGAUCUGUGAUGAGGGCCACAUCUUGAAGAACGAGGCGUCGGCCAUCUCUAAAGCCAUGAACUCCAUCAAGACCCGACGGAGAGUGGUGCUCACCGGCACUCCACUGCAGAACAACCUCAUAGAGUACCACUGCAUGGUGAACUUCAUCAAGGAGAACCUGCUGGGGUCAGUGAAGGAGUUCAGGAACCGCUUCGUCAACCCCAUCCAGAACGGGCAGGCAGCGGACUCCACAGACCAGGAUGUACGCAUCAUGAAGAAGAGGGCCCACAUCCUCUACGAGAUGCUCAAUGGAUGUGUUCAGAGAAGAGACUACUCUGCCCUGACCAAGUUCCUGCCUCCUAAACAUGAGUACGUUGUGUCCGUCAGAGUCACGCCCAUCCAGUGUACUCUAUACCGACACUACCUGGAGCACUUAACAGGUGCGGGGAACGCGGUGGAGGGGGGUCGGGGCCGAGCCGGGACCAAACUGUUCCAGGACUUCCAGAUGCUCAGCAGAAUCUGGACCCAUCCCUGGUGCCUGCAGCUGGACUACAUCAGCAAGGAAAACAAGGGGUACUUUGACGAGGACAGCAUGGACGAGUUCAUCGCCUCGGAGACCGAGGAGUCUUCCAUGAGCAUGACCUCUGAAGACGAGAAACAGAAAAAGAAGAAGAAGCGGGGGAAGGCCAGGAAGAAGGACAGUGACUCAGACAGUGACGCUCUCGAGGUGAUUAAGGAGUGGAACACCAGCUCCCGAGGGGGAGACCCCUCCAGCCGCAACCGGGCGGAGCCACAGGAGGAAGUGCGCCCAGCUUCCAGCCCUGGCACCAGGAGUCCUGACUGGCACAAGGAGUUUGUUACGGAGGCCGACUCUGAGAUCCUGGAGCAUUCUGGGAAGAUGGUGCUGCUGUUUGAGAUUCUCCGUAUGGCCGAGGAGGUGGAAGACAAAGUUCUGGUGUUCAGUCAGUCUCUGAUCUCUCUGGACCUGAUUGAAGACUUCCUGGAGCUGGCUGGCCGAGCCAAAGAGGAGGAGAAACAGUCUCCCUACAAAGGUGAGGGGAAGUGGUUCCGGAACAUAGACUACUACCGCUUGGACGGCUCCACCAAUGCCCUGAACCGGAAGAAGUGGGCAGAGGAGUUCAAUGACACCAGCAACGUCAGAGGUCGGUUGUUCCUGAUCUCGACCAGGGCUGGUUCUCUGGGCAUCAACCUGAUCGGAGCUAACAGGGUCAUCAUCUUCGACGCGUCCUGGAACCCGUCGUACGACAUCCAGAGUAUCUUCAGGCUCUACCGCUUCGGACAGCUCAAGACCUGCUACGUCUACCGAUUCCUGGCUCAGGGUACUAUGGAAGAGAAGAUCUAUGACCGCCAGGUGGCUAAACAGUCUCUAUCCUUCAGAGUGGUGGAUCAACAGCAGAUAGAGAGACAUUUCACCAUGAAUGAGCUGACGGAGCUCUACGCCUUUGAACCUGACCUUCUGGAUGAUCCCACUGGCAAGAAGAGCAAGAGGACCACUCCUAUGCUGCCAAAGGACCCCUUCCUAGCUGAGCUGCUCCACAGCAAUAAGGAGCAGAUUGUGGGCUAUCAUGAACAUGACUCCCUACUGGAUCACAAGGAAGAGGAGGCUCUCAGCGAGGAGGACCGCAAAGCAGCCUGGGCCGAGUACGAGGCGGAGAAGAAGGGUCUGUCUCUGCGUGUGAACCAUGGAGCGUACGGAGGACAGAUGGACAUGGGAGGAGCUAACAGCUACUUCCCCUUCAACGUUGCCGCACUGGCCUCUAUGUCCAACCCUCAGCUGGAGGAGUUGAUCAACCAGGGCCGUCAGAAGGUGAUGGAGGCCACCAACGCUCUCAAAUUCCUCCCCAGAGAAUCUCUAGAGGACACCAUCGGGAGAGUGUGGAAGGAGAACCCGGCCCUCACGGAGUCCCAGGUCCAGGCCAUGGCUCUGGGGAGACAGGCCAGUGUAGAGAUGGAGCUCAAACGAAGAGAAGCUGUCUACAGAGAUGUCCUCAAUAAGCAACAGACUCUAAUGAUGUACGUUCAGAAGGUGAUCACCAACAGGAAGGUGAGAGAGCAGCAGAUGGCCAUGGCCAACCAGGCCCAGCUGAUGAGCCAGAUGAACGGCAUGCUGGGAGCUGGCGGGAUGAGCCAGAUGGAACUCUUGGGGUUGUACCAACAGCUGGGGGCGCUACAGGGUCAUCCCACCCACCCCUCCAUGGGCGGCAAGAACCCCGGCCCCUCCAAGGGCAACCUGUAAGGGGAGGGGGACCCAGGGCUUGCUCCACAUAGUCCCCUAUCUAUUCUCUACAUAGUGCACUAUCCACUUCAUAUUGUCUCUGGUCAAAAGUAGUGCACUAUUUAGGCAAUAGGGUAUCAUUUGGGACUCAGACCCACUCACUGCCCCCUCACUGUCUCAGUAGGUCGCUCCCUGAUGCUGCUCCAUCUCCUAUGUAGUGCACUAGAUGGAGCCCAGAUCCCUAGGGUUUUGGUUAGAAGUAGUGCACUAUGUAGGGGAUAGGGGUGGGAUCUGGGCCGUUGCCCGCUGUCCUUACAACCCUCCUUCACUGGGGAGGUGAGAGACGACACAGAGAGAAGGGUCUCGGAGCCCCUCGCCACUCCUUCCAGCUCUCCUGAAGCAGGGAAUGACAUGACUUGUAUAGGGACUAUAUGAAGGCGUUUUAGAAAUGUCAUUUGAAAUUCUGUAUAUACAGCCUUAAUGUUAUUCAACUUCUCUUCUGUCUUCAGUUUUCAUGUAUUUAAAAUAACGUAAGGAAAGGGAAAUGUUUUUGUCCCAAUGCUUUUAAGCAUUACGUUAUUCUUUCCCCUUAAAGAAGGGUUGUUUAAUGAAUUGAUUAUUCUGUAAGUUGUGUUUUGAUACAGUUUUAAUGAAUGCCUGUCUAUCUAAAGAACCCCCAGAGGGAGACCAUAGUGCUGACAGGACUGUUUCAGGAUAUUAAACAUUAGAUUAUUAGAUCCCCUAUAGAACCCUCCCUCUACCAAGACACACGCAGGCAGACAGACACACGCAGGCAGACAGACACACGCAGGCAGACAGACACACGCAGGCAGACAGACACACGCAGGCAGACAGACACACGCAGGCAGACAGACACACGCAGGCAGACAGA